GGUUUUGGUUAGGGCUUUGGCUAUGGCGGACGAUACUGCCGUCCAAGACGCUAGCGUUGGCCAGGGCGAUCGCGACGACGACAAGAGUGGAGUGAUCAUCGUUCUCGAGCGCGCGUCGCUGGAGACCGCCAAGGUCGGCAAGACUUAUCAGCUGCUCAAUUGCGACGAUCACGCGAAUUUUCUGAGGAAGCACAAGCGCGAUCCAGCGUUGUAUCGUCCGGAUAUCUUGCAUCAGGCCCUUCUAGCGAUCCUCGACAGUCCACUCAACAAAGCUGGGCGAUUGAAAGCUCUCUAUGUCAAGACUGAGAACAAUGUUCUCAUCCAAGUAAAUCCUCACAUUCGUCUCCCUCGAACGUUUAAACGCUUUUGUGGACUCAUGGCACAGUUGCUUCAAAAGCUAAGUAUUCGUGCUACGAAUGGGCCUGAUAAACUCCUGCGAGUUGUAAAACAGCCAGUCACUCGACACCUCCCGGCUGGAGUUCGUCGAAUCGGACUAUCUUACAGAGCACCGAAAGUCGUGCAACUAAGAGACUACGUCGCAGCCUCUGGACCCGAAGAAACUCUAGUUUUUGUAGUGGGAGCCAUGGCUCAUGGAAAAAUCGAGGCCGAUUACAUUGACGAUCUAGUCGCAGUGUCAGAGUAUCCUUUGAGUGCAGCGUGCUGCAUAGGACGGAUUUGCAAUGCUUUAGAACAACACUGGCAGAUUAUAUGAAAAUCAGACCCUUUGCUCGCGAAGAAAAAUCCCACACGAAGACUCCCAUCACUGCUUGGUUAGAUCCAAUGAAAGCAGCGGCAACGCCAUUAUACUACACAAGAGAGCUAACAGAAUUGCCCCGAGCCAACCUGGGAACAUGAAAUGCCUGUUGUGAUCCUUGUUGCGUCGAUUCUCUGCCACUGUGUUUUCCGGCUCGCCGGGCUUGUUGACGGGCUGUUGCUCUGAUUUUUGCUCGCAAAGCGUCUGCAUCUCGGCCUGUUUUUGGAUGUACUCUGGAAACAUUUUUCUGAACGUCACACUGCGGAAAAGUAAAAAGAAGUUGAUAUGCAGAA